AAACAUUGGUUGAAUGAUCUGUCAUUUUCCGAUCGAAACCAAUUUCUACCCGCAGUUGAACAAACCUCUUACUAAUUUUGAAGAUUUGACCGAUUUGACAUUUCACUGCGGAAUAUUUUUUCACUGUGGUGAGUUCACGUUCACGUUCGAGUUCGAGUUCACAAGAACUGUAAACCGGGCUUUACUCAGGACAGGCGGAGAUGAUUUGCAUUAUAGGCUAAGUGCAGCGUCAAUCUUUCAAACCGCAUGUUCUGGUGAGAUUCUCUGCUUAGGAGUUCGUGGGUAAACAUCAGAGUUUGAAAUUUUUCCGCAAGUCUAUAGGAAAUGCUGAGUUGUUCACGUAACAGCUUACCGCCACAAAUCAGACUCUUCUCCAAUAACGGCAUUCUAUGAAGGUGGUUUUAUAUCGGCAAAAGAUUCUAUGCCGGGCCGGCACUAACAAGCUUUCUCAUCGCUGGCAUUGUCCUUCCAGCGCAACUGCAUUGCAUAUGUCUGAGAGAAACCAAACAAAGCAUCUCACAUAUUCCAUCACAAGACAAAGCAGGAUGGAAACAAUCCCAGCAGUCGGAAUCCGAGGAAAGUCUGUUCCUUCUGGCUCAGAAGCUGAGCACACUCUAAUCAACGAUGAUCACUUGCGGGUACGGCAUCUGGACGAAGUGACCAAAGAGUUCGGCGAUAUCGGAUGCUUUGCGCUGGAGUUGUCGUCGAGGAUCUGCCAAAAGACUGAACGUGCGGCACUGGCCAACGAUGCCAGCCGGAGGGUGGUGAAGUUAAACCCAUUCAUGUGGCAAUCGUUGCCGAGCUAUGCCAGCGUGGAGCGAAACCGGAUCCGACGGAAGUGUUUCAGCUUUCGAGCACCGAUAUAUUUGUCAGCCGAUAGCCGAUAGUCAGCCAACGGCCUUAAACUCAUCGGUGGUUUGGUUCGGAAAUGGAUGUGGCGGAGGUGGGGGAGGAGGAGUAGGAGGUGGUUGCAGUUUCAUUAUUAACCCGGACGUCGAAAUUUAGCUUCAACAGCAGCAGCAUCAACAGUUAUUCAGCAGUAGUCAUUUAUCUACUCCACUAGAUAAGAUUUCUCAAUGUCUCAUACAGAAUAUAAUCAAUACACCGAAUGCUCCAUAACAGCAACCUCAGCUCCAACAGAGUCAGAAUAUAUCUAGUAUAACAAAUGUAGAACAAACUCCAGGCAGUGGUGCAGGGGCGGAAUUGGGGACCCCUUUCCGGAAGCAACAGUUUAAGUAUCUAGCCGCCAUGAGUCCUACCACUCCUAUAUUCGAUGUUUUACCUAUAAUGCAUAGUCCAGUUUUAAGCAGUGACCAAUCGAAUUUGAUAAUGACACCUUCACCACAGCAGUUUUCGACUUUGGCCACCGGUUGUCAUCAGCCGCAACAACCUCCCGGCUCGCAAAUCCAACAACAGCUGAAUACGAUACAGCAACAGCAAAUCAUAGCCGGAAGUGAACAGCAGAAAAUGGCUCUUCUGUGCAGUAACAAAAAGAUGCGUGGCCACCACAAUUUAGGUACAAUGGGCAACAUAAUAAA